CAUUUAUACUUUAGUUACGAUACUAUCUACAUUUAACGGUCUUCCUCCCAUUAAUAGAGAGUUUAUUAAUUUUAUUAGCAGAGAUGUAGCCGCUUAGCGUUUUGGCCGACUAGCGCGGUAGUUUUUCUACUAUACUUAAUUACUUACGCAAUUGAUUUGUUUUUUUUUUUUCGUUUAUAUUAUAAUCGUUUUUGAUUUUAUUGUAUCUAUGUAGUAAAGUUUAUCGUAGUUAUAUGAUCGUAGAUAGAGUUAGAGUACACUCAAAGUUGCACAAGUUCAGUAUUGUUAUUCAAAAUCAAGAUGGGACAUCUGAUGAGGAGUGCCUUCGUGAUUGGGAUGGGAAAGGACUACGAUGAAGAUGGUAAGGGAGAGUCAACUAAGGAGGUAUGACGGUAACAAUGAACCUUCAGCACACGUGAACGUCUGCCAGCUAGGGAUGUCCCUAGACGAAGGAAGACAGUCACAACGCCCGUACAGAUAUGGCAUGGUUUUGCUGUGCGCGGGGGCCCUGAUUAAUUGGUUGGGAUUGGCCGAAGACUACGCUGAGCCGGUGCGCUAUGUGGGCGUGGCCUGCAUCGUCGCGGGAGCUCUGCUCAUCUGCGCCGCCAUGUGCUGCUGGCUGCAGUCCCCCGCCCGGCAACCACAGAACGACCGCGCUUCGCCUGAUACCCAUCAAAUUGACGACCCAAUCCAUGUGAUAUCGAUGCCGGACGAGGAGACGAUGCAGCAGAAACCGCCAGAUUACGACACGGUCGCCGGGGCUCCGCCCACUUACGACGAUGCGAUCAAGCUUAACCCGGCGCGCUUGCUCCCGGCGAGCAGCAGUCGCGUGGAGCCCCACCGCCCGGCCCCGGAGGCACCCGUCAUCCCUGGCCAACUGGAAGAGGUACACUACCCCGUCGCCCCCGCAGGGGUGCCGCUGACCCACGGCCAGGUCCCCAAGACGCCCCCGCCCCCAUACAGGGCUCCGAACCCCCCGCCCGCCAUCAGAUGAAAGGCGCGUAAGUUAAAUCUACUGCUGUCUGUGAGCUGUACAUGUGAGUCGCGGAUUUAAGCGGCGAAUAGUUGAAACGUUGCGGUUUUAAUUUAUUAUACAAAUCCACGUUAAAUGUUGAGAUUGAUGCGUACUUAUGUGAUAUUCGUUAAUGGUUAUUAACUUAAUUUACCUACCUGCUGUAUAUAAUACUAGGCUAUUUACCUACUAAGAAAUUUGUAUUUAUUUUUUUGUAUAAUAAAAUUUCGAUGUUACGAUUUCCAGUUAUUGUUACGUGUGACAGCAUCUCCUUAGACUCAGACGUUGCGCCAUCCGUGACCGUUCUUGCCUAACCCUCGAUUUUAUAACUAACGGACUAAAGAUGCAGACUUUUGUUAAUGUGCCAUGUCUUAGCGUCUCCCAUAAAAAUGUAUCUAACGUGUUUACGAAAGCAAACCUUUUAAGAAAUUUCACCUGGUAUUCGGCCAUCGCGAGGAAGUCUAUUAGAAGGUUUUCAAUCGUCUGAAAAUAAUACAAAUUGGCACUAAAAUAACUAAUUUGCUCAAUAAGAAAGUGGACGAAAUUGUGUAAAUAUUGUGAUUAACACUAGAGACACGUACGUGUCAGCGACGUAAACUUGACUAGGCAAAACGAGGCAGGGUAACUCGACACGCAUUCGAAAUGUGCUAAAUUGCAUUUAAAUGCAAUAUUAUUCAUAGUGAAGCGUUACCAAUCAUUCGAUAACGGUGUUGUGUAAUCCAUGAGAAAUUGCUUUAUUUGCGAUUUCGUAUUCGCCACGGGAAUCUUCAAAAUUCACUUGUGAUAUGUUAAUAGUUGUAUAAUUUAACUAUUUUCAACAGUUCGUUCGCAAUCGUUUUUUUUCUAAAUGGAGAAACGAGGAGACGUUGACGUUGUCUAUGAGCGAAUAGUUUAAACGAAGGCAAUAAACAUAAUCAUUAGACGUAAGCGUAGAUUAAAGAAAUUGUUCACUUUAAUUUCGAUUCUAGUCUUCAAUUAAUGACUAUAUUAAAACAAUUAACGUUAUCACAAGCAUAUUGUAUUUGUACAGGUUUUCAUUGCACAACUCAAAAUUACCUAUUUGCUUGACAUUGUUCGUAUCGAUUUUAUUAUUUUAGUAAUAACGUUUUAUAAUAUCACGUUUAUAGGUGCGCAGUUAAUGCGUUUAUCGGCUGAGCACUAUUUACAUCUAUUGCAAUAUCACUUUAUAUCUAAUUUACUAGUGUUACCUGCCUGUUCUUCUGUUUGUCUUAUCAAAUAAAUGGUACCUCGGAGUUUGUGCUUUAUCUAUUUGCUGAAUAUUCCGUGACGGCGGUUGGUUUAAUGUCGAAUAGCCAAAGAUGUGUGAUUCGAAUUCCUAAAUUUUAGCGUAUUAAUUUGUAUUCCUUUUACCUAAUGCUUUUUUAUGUCUUCUAUGUAAUGAUUUCCUAUUUACAAAAGACACAUUGCCAUAACUAUUGUAAAGUAGCGAUUAAAGAAUUUAGAUUGGGACCAAUACUAUUUACACCCACUUUUAUUACAGCUUGAUGAUGAUUAAUUUUUAGUGUACCUAUCCGGUUUCUCUGAAACGUUUCAAUGCUGAAGUUGUGCAUUUAUUAUUUGUACAUUAUACGAAAUUUGAGUGUACAUACAAAAUAAAUGUUGUUCAGAAAGUACAAA